AUGAGGAAGGGGCAAGCUUGGGCCACCAUUGGCCGGUCUCCACCUCAGGGGGUCGUCGGAUCGGCCCAACUGAUCCCCCGCAGCCUCUCCCCCAGGCUCGAGUUCAAGCCACCAUGGCAGUGGCACCCAGGCACCCAGGCACCGCAAGUUUCUGCGCCGACAACCUCUACUGCCUCUGCACCCUCUUCAGCUGCCCACAAUGUGGUUCUUUGGAAGCUUCCUCUACGGUUAGACUCGAUUGCCUUGCUCGUGACGUCCUGGCGCAUCCGUACUGACCUGUCGCAGUCUGCGUCCUCCUCAUCAACGCCGUCGCAGUCCUUUCUGAAGAUCGAUUCCUCGCUCGAAAAUUUUCUAGUCAACCUCUCUCCCGCUUCGUACGAUCCCGCAUUCGGCUCUGGUGCCGACGCGAGCAUCAAGGCCAAGAUCAUCCACCUCAUCGCCAGCGUCCGAACCAUCAUGAGGAUGCCCUUGAUAUUUGUCAAUUCUGUCAUUAUCCUGUACGAGCUCGUCCUGGGUUAA